UUUGCAAAAAAGAGAGUACUCAAUGCUUAAAAACUUGGAAAGGGAUAAGAACGGUUGGGGCCAACGAUGGCAAAGGGUAAAAUAUAAAAAAAUCCGAGAGGAGGAGCUUCUAGUUCUAUCCAAAAUGGGCCCACAAUCCAAGCGCUUUUCACUUUUCUCAGACCAACGAUCAUUUCUUCUUCAUUUUCUUCUUAUGAAUCCCUAAAUAAGUCUACUCUUCCAAUUUGCCUCUCGUUUUCACACUUUUCGAAUCUCUUUUCCCUUCUCUAUCUGCUAUCCCUUUUUUGGUUUUUAUGAAUCCAAUCUAUCCCUUUACUUCCUUCACAUUCUUUUCUCUUUCCAUACAAUUUACUUGUCUUUUCCCCCUUUUUCUCAGUUUCUGUUACAAAUCACCGUUUUUAAACCGGUUAGUCUUUGAGUUAUUGUAAAAUUUGUUUGAUUUUGAGUCAAAGGACCCAUUUUGACAUCUGGGUAUUGAUCAAUUUGAGUUUUUGAGAGUCGGUUUAGGUGCUGGACCCCUUUGUUUAGUGUGAAAUUGUUUUUUUUUUUUUCUUUUUUUGGCUCAAAACAAACAAUUUUGCUUUAUGGGUUUAUUAAAGUUUGAGUUUUUAGUGGUGGGUUUUAAUUUCGGUGGUGUAGUUCCUACUGUCUCUAGGUGAAUUUUUACACAGUGUUUGUAAUUGUGCCUUUUUUUGGUUGAUUCUUUUUGUCAGAAAAUAAAAUAAUGAAGAGAGGGAAAGAUGAUGAGAAGAUUAUGGGGCCUAUGUUCCCAAGGCUUCAUGUUAAUGAUACUGAAAAAGGAGGUCCAAGAGCUCCUCCAAGGAAUAAGAUGGCCCUUUAUGAGCAGCUCAGUAUUCCUUCACAGAGGUUUAACCCUGGGGUCUUGCCUCCUAACCCAACUAACUCAAGCAGGUUGGUUCCUCCGAGUUCCUCAAGCCAGGGAAGUAGCCUUGAGGGAAAUGUGCUUUUCCCAUCUCGUGUAUCUCCUUCAACAACCACUAAUCUGGCUGAGAAGUUUCAUACACGUCAGCUUGGAGGAGCAAGUGUAAAUGCUCCUUUGGCACGCGCUGAACGGAGAAAGAAGCUCAGAGAUGACGAUGACUUCAUGGUUCCUGUAUUUGUUAACUCAAAGACAGGUCAACAACAUAAUAAAACUAAGAAUGGCUUCGAUGGGGAAAAACGCCCUUCCUUGAGCCCAACUUAUCCUGGCCAUCAAAUAAAACUCCAAAAUGUUCGUGAUAAGGGUCCAAAUCAGAGUAGCUCUUCUGGUGUCAAUUUAAGAAAAGAGGCUAGAGAUAAGAGUGAAGAGAGCUCAAAAGUGUGCUCAAGUGGGGAGAGUACCGUAAAAACUGCUGCAGACUUGUCAACUGGAGAAAAGAUUGAUGGAUGUGUCAAAGAAGCCAAUGCGUCUCCUGAUCAAGAUUUUGGAGAGCACCCUGCAUCUAGACUUAGCAAAUCGCUUGAAAAUGAUGCUUGUUCACUACAAGAGUUAAGAGCUGGCCAACAACCAGCAGAUAAUGGAUGUAUUGAUAGUGUUGACUUCAUGAGAGAUAUUGGUGAGGGAAUUCUUCCCCGGAAGAGAAGCAUGUCUUAUUCAGAGGGGAAUCACAGCGGACCUGAUGAAACUAAUAAUGGCAGUGAAUGCCGUGCAGACAAGACUUGUGGCUCACUACAGUGGGCUAAUGGAGAUAAAAGCAACGAAGUCUCGGAGACCUCCAUGGUGGAUUCUAUAUCAGGCUUGGAUAUCUCUCCUGAUGAUGUGGUGGGAAUAAUAGGUCAGAAGCAUUUCUGGAAAGCAAGAAGAGCGAUUGCCAAUCAGCAAAGAGUAUUUGCAGUACAAGUGUUUGAGUUGCAUAGACUGAUUAAGGUCCAGAGACUAAUUGCUGGAUCACCGCAUCUGUUGCUUGAGGAUAUGGCAUAUCUGGGAAAACCCUCUUUCACCGGCUCUCCUGCAAAGAAGCUUCCACCAGAGUUUAUUGUAACACCACUGCCACACACUAAGCACAAUGAUGACUCUGAGAAGCCAAGUAAUAAAAUGGAAUGUUCAGCAGAAAAUGCGGUUGGAAGGACAUCCCUCUCUUCUGUGAAAAAUGGUAAUCAGCCUUCAAAUUAUGGGCCUUUCCUUGGAAACCCACCACCUGCACCAGUUAAUGGUGAUAACAAAAUGAAUCCUUGGUUUUUCCAUCAUGUGCCUGGGCACCAAUGGCUGGUCCCUGUGAUGUCCCCUUCUGAAGGACUGAUAUACAAACCCUAUCCUGGACAUGGAUUCAUGGGAUCUGUUUGUGGAGGAUGCGGACCUUUUGGACAAACUCCUAUGACAGGCAACUUUAUGACUUCAGCUAAUGGAAUUCCAGCUUCUACUCUAGGAAUUGGGGUUCUACCAGGUGCUUCUCCAGUUGGUCACUCUUACUUUCCUCCUUAUGGGAUGCCAGUCAUGAACCAAGCAGUCUCAGGUCCUGCUGUGGAACAAAUGAACCAAUUUGCUGGACCUGGUUCCCAUGCCCAUAGUGGGCAGUUAGCUGGAGGUGGAGCUGACUUUAACAUGCAACUUCAAGGUUCACGUAAUUUGCCUAGCGAGAAAAAUGGUUCUAUUUCUCAUGUCAUGAAGUUUCAGGCAUCUACAGAAACCGAGCUACAAGGGAGUAUAGCAAGCAGUCCUAGUGAGAGAGUGCAGAGAAUUGGGGCCAGUAGUGCUGCUGAGGGAAAAAAUGCACUUCCACUUUUCACUACAGCUCCAAUCAUUCCGAAGGAUGCCUCUCAGCCUUGCGAUACUUAUCAGAGGACAAGAGUUAUAAGAGUCGUGCCUCAUAAUCCAAGAUCAGCCCCUGAAUCAGCAGCCCGUAUUUUCCAAUCCAUACAGAAAGAGAGAAAACAAAUAUGACUCAGUUUAGCUUGUUUAUGGUCUGGGAGUCAUCUAGCUUGGUGUGUUGCUUGGUCAUUUUCUCCCUACUUUUGUAAUGAUACUGCACCCUUUUCCUACUAAUUUUCUAUUUUACUUGUCUGGUUAUAGUUUAUUCUUAUGUAGAUUUAUCUUUGAUAUUACAAGUCAAUGUAACAUGAACUUGUUCUCUCUUCAAUACUUUUAGGCAGAUGCAAGAACCUUUUUAAGGGGGAAAGAUGGUUUCUGAACAUGAUGUACCUGAUCCCUACCUGACAGCUUCUUUUGUGACUUCCUUAAAUCUCUAUUAGAUCACUGGUUUCUUUUUUGAUCUCAUUUUGAAGGAACAAAUAAUGAUAAUAUAAGGUUAAGCAAAACUUUUCAGCACAUUUGAUUUUAUUAAUUCUAUGCUAAAUGGUGGAAACAAGCUAAAUACAGUUGCAAGACUCAUGGACAAUGAGGAUUAACACAUUAAACAUUAGAUUAAAAAUGCAAUGCCAUAAACAAUUUUCAUAUAAAAGGAUCGUACU